AUGCUUAGAGACAUAACACGCUCGCCAUACGUGUUUACAGAUGUGCCGUUCGCAGCCUGUAAUUUUAAGCUGCAAUUUCUCCAGCCACAUUUGUUUCAACACUGUCUUGGAUAUAGUGUUGUCGCCGAGCAGCGUGAUCAUUUUUCGCAGAAGUUGGGACGGUUUGCUGUUUCCGAACGUGAUAUUAGUAAGAAGAUCUUUGAUCUUUCGCUCCUCAAAACAUCCCGUUCGCUGCAAAAUAGUCUGCCUGAGCACCUCAUAAGGCUUUUCGGGCGGGAGACUGGUAAGAAUAUCCGCUACCUCAGCAGCUACUUCCGCGGGAAGCUUCUCUACCACGAAUGCGAAUUUCGAUUGUUGGGACGUUAUAUGUCUGGCUUAAAAAAUCGCAUCGAGCUGGAUGAACCAAGUCUGUGCAUUUGCUUUGGUGGAAUAUGGGCGCAGAGCAGAGGUAGUAUCUUCUUUUUGCAUCGGGAAGAAGCUUGCGGAAGUGAUGGCCUGGCCCACGAGUUCGUCGCCGCCGUCAAGGAGACAGUCGACAAUGAUGGAAGCCAGAGGGAUGCCAAGAUCGCUGCUGACAUGGGCUGUCACAAGUCGACGAUCUGCCGAACGAUCAAGAAAGACAUUGGUUACUCCUCCUACUGCAAGUCUCACUGUAUGCUAAUCACGAAUGCCUCCAAGGAGUCGAGGAAGGUCAAAGCGGCGGCUUUGCUGAACAAGCUCAAGCACGUGUCAGCCGAGAUGCUGAGGUUCUUCUCUGAUGAAAAGAAUUUCAUCCAGGACCGGAGGAGCAAUAGGCAGAACGACAAGUGGAUCUGCAAAGACAUCGAGGAGGUUACCGUCGUGAAGCAUACGAAGUUUCCCUCCUCGGUCAUGGUCCUUGGCGUCAUCCCCAGCGAGGGGAGGGGGGCGUCAUGCCUUCGUUCUUCUUUCAAAAGGGCAUGA